GUAAGGUUUCAUUUCGAUCAAUCUUUCGAACUUCCAUUCUCACGAAAGCGCGUGGAUUCAAUCGGCAAUGGAGGAAGAAGACAAACAGCCGCUCAAGGAGGACAAGGGUCCUCAACAGGAAGAGAAAGAAGAACCAAAAGGAGGAGCAGCUGAAGCACAAGUGUCGCCGGCGAAAAGUGGCGGAGGAUGGGGAGGUUGGGCGUUUUCGUCCGUCUUCUCAGAUCUCCAGAAAGCCGCCGAAGAGAUCUCCCGCAAUGCGGCUGCGGCUGCUCAGACGGCAGCGAAGAGCCUUGCCGACAUGCAAGCUGCUGAGGACUCAGAAGAAUGUUCCAAGGAGGAAGAAGGGGAUGCUGAAAAGGAAACCCAAGACGACACUGAGAGCCAAGAUGAGCAUGAAAAGCAAAGAAAGGCUGCUCUUGAUAAAUUGGAGAAAGCUAGUGAGGAUUCACUUUUCGGUCAGGGUUUGAAAGUGCUUGAUAGUUCCGUGGAGAAUUUUGCUACAGGAGCUUGGCAAGCAUUAGGAAGUGCAUUGAAAGGGGGUACUGAUCUAGUGCACAAGAUUGAGAAUUCUGCUGUGAACCUUGCGGGAUCUAUCCAGCAAGGUGGAGGUGCUGGUUCUACCACACCAUCCUUAUUAGAGACUGGAAAAGCUUUUACAUCAAAGGGAAUGCAAGUGCUUGAGCUUGUAGGAAAGGAAACUUUGGAUCUACUGAUCACAGAGACUGGUAUAGAAGUUGAUAAGGAUUCUACACUUUCUGAAAAGGAAACUGAAGAGGAUCAGUUAUAUGAGGAAGUGGGAUUUGAUCGGUGUUUCUACAUAUAUGGAGGUCCAGAACAGUUGGAGGAACUGGAGGCUUUGUCCAGCCAUUAUGCGCUAUUAUUUAAUCGGAGAAAAGGAAAAUUGUCAUCAGAACAGAAGUCUAUUUAUGAUGGAAAGCUUAAACAGGUGCAACAGAUUUUCAGUCUGAAUAUUGAGUUGGAUGGAAGUGGUGCAGAGUCGGACAAAGGCAAAAAGAAAAAGACCGGAGAUGAUGGAAAUAUCAAUGAGAUGAAGAGUUUGCAUGAUUCAAGCGUCAGCAAGGCUGCUGAUAUGGCGGCUGGGUUCACAAGUGCCUUAGCAGGACAAGCUGUGAACGAUAUAAUUCAAAGAACAACUGGUAGAUUAGAGAGUCUUCACUCAGAGGGGGUUCAUAGGCUGUCAGAAUUGUGCUGUUCAGCGGUAUCUCAACUGUUGAUGCUUGGUAAAUCCGUCAUAUCUAGUGCAAACAAAACUCAGGCAGAAGAUGUGGAUGCCGAUCUGGAGAAUAUUGAUUGGCCUGAAGAUUCUGUUGAGAAAGCAAAGAUAAUCAGAUCAAAAACACAAACAAUGACAGGAUAUGUGGAGGCAGUGUCUAGCAGUUUCGUCACAGGUAUAUCUGAUGUUGCAGAAGCUUAUCUAGCAGCCAUAAAGGGCGCUUCUGAGGAAUCCCACGAAGUGCUCCCACAUACAUCGAUCCAAGAAAAAGCAAGUUCUUUCUCUAAACACCUUCGUGAUGACCAGACCACAGCUUUGAGCAAAAUCCAGGAUGGGCUACACUACUUGUCGUACGUUGUCAUUUCAACCUCUAUGCCUGCAGCGUGAGAGACCUCAAAUCUUUAAGCUCUCUGUUUAGUUUUGUAAAUAGUCGGCAUUUAGAGUGAGUUUAAGUUUUCACAUCGUUUCAAGUGUUAUACGAAAUUGAAGUUCUUAGAACUGUAAAACAAUCAGCAACUUGUAACAAUAAGGUAGAAAUUAUACGUUUGCAUUAAUUAAAGUUUUGUUGAUUUAAUUUCUA